AUGGAAUCCACAAACACGCAGGCUUGCGAUCGUUGCCACCGCCGAAAGACAAGGUGUGACAAAAGAAGACCCACGUGUUCGGGAUGUGAGAAGGCAAAUGCGCCAUGCGCGUACAGCGCCCGACCAAAGGAACCAGUGUAUCGGCGCGACUAUGUGGAGAGACUCGAGAAGCGUGCUCGACAGCUGGAAAACAACAACCAGGCUCCUGAUGAGCGUUUACCGUUUACGAGUCAGGUCCUAUCACCUGCAAGUCAAGCUCAAGACGUUGCUGGCACGGCUGAUCACCUCCACGAGGCUGCCAACGAAGGAUCUCUGCUCUCGACCCACGCUGGGGGUGACCGCCAAUUCCCAGGAUCAGCAAGCGGACUCCAGCUGGCAAGUCUUGUCAGAGCAUCUACUCAGCAGCAGACCGAUGCAGUCGGCAGCGCGCAGGAAAGCAGAUCGUCGAGAGAGCCUGAUUGGAGCACGGAUCACAAAGCGCUCCCUCCGCGACAGCUGGCAAAGAGCUUGAUAGACGCAUAUUUGGCCCAUGACGCGUUGUGCUACCCCAUAGUCCACCCGAAACAGGUCGCUAUUGCACUGGAAGCUGCCUACGCGGAGCCACGGUCGAGUAGCCUCAAGCCUUUUCAAGCUUUCACGUUCAACAUGAUCCUAGCAAUAGCGACUGCCCAGGUCUAUAAGUUCAACUGGCAGGUGUUACCUGACGCGGAGACUCAUCAUCAAAGAGCGAUGGCUCAUAUGGAACUGGUCUUGUCCGCCGGAGGUCUUCAUGGCUUGCAGGCCAUACUUCUGUGCUGUCAGUUCAGACUCAGCAGCUCCACGAAAGACUCAUCAUCAGGACUAUGGCAUAUGGUGGGCAUUGCAACCCGGAUGUGCUUCGAAUUGGGAUUGCACCGUGAAUUUACCUACUCAUCCCAACACGAGACCGAGCGCAAGAGUGAAGAGACGCACUUGUCCAUAUCGGAAGUUCUGAUGAUCUACCGGCAAUGCUUCUGGUGCGUGUUCUGCUUGGAUCGUGUCGUCAGCAUCACUCUUGGGCGGCCUCUUGCUGUUCAUCUCGAAGAUAUAGACGUCAAUCUUCCGUUAUUGUCGCCGGAAGAAGACGUCCUCUCGCCACAGAGCCAUGAUAGUGCAGAAUCGCUGGGUCUCGCUCCCAGCUAUCGAAUAGCAGCAUUCGCACACACCAUUCGUUAUCGGGCUUUAUGUGGCAAGAUGCUCACUUCACUGCAUCGCGGCAACGGACUCACCACGUCUUCCCUCAACGAACGCAUCUCAAAGCGUAAGGAGCUCGUAGCAGAGCUUGAAGGAUGGCGAAGCGAUACAGCUGCUCUUCGCCUACCAGACAUGGAUCUGUCGUCUCCACUUGCUGAAGCUCAAUCCAUUUUCAGAUCCAACGUCUGGUACGAGCUAUUGUACCAGAAUGGGAUCUUGCUCUUGUACCGGCCAGCUCCUUCAAACGCCAGUUCUGAGACCCAAGCAGAGGAUGAGAGCGUGCUGAGCAUUCAUGCCGCAGCCAAGCGAUCGAUUACGCUCUAUGGUUACUUGUUCAAGUCUCGCAAGAUCGAAUACUCGUGGAUCACCUUGCAUUCAGUGUUCCUUGCCGGGUUAUCAUACAUCUACGCAGUAGGACAGCACUUGCGAGAGCGGCUGAAGCGACGCAAUGGAGUCGGUCGAGGUUCACCGAGACCUCUGCUUCCGCAAGACCCUACGAUUUUGGACAUCGUGAACGACACGCGAGCGUGCUCGAAUGUACUACUUGCCGUUGCAGAGCGUUGCAAUGCACCGAAAAACAGCCAUGAGGUCUUCGAUCGCUUGAGCGACGCUGUACUGGCCGAUGCUGUCAAUCUGUAUACCAACUCACCUCAGAUGCAACCCGGCUCUCAAUGCGCAAUUCCCGCUGCAGAAGAAGCUCAUCCAUCACAUCAGUUCCAACCUGCGGGGGUACAAUCUUCGGGCCUAGACCCACGUCUUGCAGUGGAUAUAACUUUGGUUGAUUGCAUACCAGAUCUUAGACUAAUGUCUGACACAUGUUGGGGACAUGAUGCUAUAUAUCAGCUGAGCAUGAACUGGCUCGAUGGUUUGGAUGUCACCAACGACUUCGACACAGCUAUGAGUGGGCCGGACCUGUCGUACAGCGGCAACGCUUAG